AUGCAUUAUAAUAAUACGAAAGGUGUUUAUACAUAUUUAUUUAUUAUAUGUUUUUUAAUUAUUUUGCCUUGGAUUUGGAUCAAAUUUUGUUCAACUAAUUCGGUUUUAUUGGAUGAAGUUGAUAUUAAAAUUCCCAUUUAUAUACAGUUUGCUAAUGAACAAUUCAAAUUUCCAGAUUUAAUUGUAGCAACUCAAUUUCAAUUGGAUUCAGAAUUAAAACAUCUUACAAAUAAAUCAUUAAAAGUAGAAUUAAUUGAUAAGUUGGAGAAUAAUUUAUAUGAACAAAACCAAAGUAAUUUUGAAGAUAAUUAUAUAGUAGACUUAGUUUUAUCGGAUGAAAAUUCAUUAGCUAUAUCUUCAGAUAAAUUGAACGCAUAUGUUCUUUAUACUUUAGAUUCCAUUUAUGCUAAUGAUUUACCAUUCUUAAUUAGUCAAACAGUUUUAUAUCAUUUAAUAUAUAACAAAUAUAUUAUAUAA